UAUUUUCAUAUUGUAGUUCUUUAAAGCUAUAUACAUGCCUAUAAUUAGGUGUACAAUUUUGCAUGUGUAAAAAAAUAUAAGCUAUGGCUUUAUCAGCUUCUGGUACCCCCAAAAAUAAUUUCGCAACUCCUAGAAGGUUAGGAACAUCACGAACACCCGGCCUGAUUGAAAAAGCACAAAAUACACCAAGAAGCCAAUUUGCCACACCAAAAAGCAGUUACUCUACUCCAAAAUCAAGAAAACUGGAAUCUUCAUCUGACACUCCAGAGUGUUUUAGUAAUGUAACUUUAGAAACCCCCAUUUCGUCUUCCAAGAGACGAAGCAGUAAGGACAAAUUUGAUGAAGUAAGUAAUCUUACUGUAGCAGUAAGAAUUCGUCCUAUGAAUGCCAAAGAACUUGCCUGUGUAGGGGCUACAGAUGUCGUCAGAGUUCGAGAUAACGAACUGAUUAUAAGAUCCCAACCAAAUGCUACUUCUGGUAUGAGUAUGGAUCAUAUCUUUCAGUACGAUCACAUACUUUGGUCUUGCGAUGAAUGUAACCCAGUAUACGCUACUCAAGAAGACGUAUUUAUGACCAUCGGUAAACCGUUACUUAACAGUGCAUUUCGUGGAUACAAUGCCUGUCUUUUUGCUUACGGCCAAACAGGUUCAGGAAAAAGUUUUAGUAUGAUGGGCAAGAAUAUGUGUGAAAUAGUUGACAUUGAUUCAGAUCAGUACUCGGGCAUAACACCAAGAUUUUGCAGGGAUUUGUUUGAACGGGUAGAAACCUUGAGUAAAGGUUGGAUAGCUACUGUAGAAGUAAGUUACUUCGAAAUUUACAAUGAGAAAAUCCACGAUUUACUAGCAAGUGGCAUAUCUAACAGUAGAACGCCACUAAAAGUUAGAGAGCACCCUGUGUGGGGGCCUUACGUAGUCGAUUUAAGUGUACACACAGUCAAAACUUACAAGGAAUUAAGAAAUUGGUUGUUAUUGGGCAAUAAGAACAGAGCAACAGCGGCCACUAGUAUGAAUGAGAAAUCGUCAAGGUCUCACAGCAUCUUUUCUAUAGAAUUAAGCUUGUCGGAAGGGUUGAAGAAUAAAGACGUCAGUAGAAGGAGUAAGGUUAGUCUAGUCGAUUUGGCUGGAAGCGAAAGGCUGGGAAAUUCACACAACAGCGAAGAGAAGAUACGAGAAGGUGUCUGCAUUAAUAAAUCUCUGUUGACUUUAGGGAAAGUUAUUUCUGCUUUGGCUGACCAGAAGAAAAACCAGUUUGUGCCGUAUCGGGACUCGGUUUUAACGUGGCUACUGAGGGAAAGUUUAGGGGGAAACUCACUUACUUCCAUGUUGGCCACCAUAUCACCAGCCGGCAACCAUUUGGAAGAAACUUUAGCUACUCUGAGAUACGCCUGUCAAGCGAGAUCAAUAGUGAAUAGGGCUCGGGUGAACGAGAGUCCGCACGAUCGCCUCAUUCGAGAAUUGAGACUUGAAGUCGAGCGAUUAAGAGCUUUGCGUCAGGACUACGAAAGAUCGUCUCUGUCGUCAUCGUCUUUAAUUUUAAUUAAUGACAGUAACAGCGAACAACUAGAUGAGCUACGAAAUAAACUAACGGAAACAGAAAAUAAGUUGUUUGAGGCGCAGAGGAAUUGGGAACGGAGGUUUAUGGAGACCAGAGAGACCCAACUGAAGGAACUCGCCGAAGCCGAAAAAUACAAAGCAGAACUGGAAUCCAAAGUUCGAGUAAUGAACACCGCCAGCAGCGACGUUAGCUUGUCUCCCUACAGAACAAACUUUUUGGAAGAAUUGGAAGGUGUAUUAACAGACGAAAACGAUAUGGUGUGUCAAAGUGACAUUUUGGACAAUAUAAAAAAUUGGUGCCAGAAAAACGGACUCCUCUGCACGUUCACUUCGGAUUCUAUGGUUAUAACAGACCCGUCCAACAGAAAACAAUCUUCAUUGUUGCUGAGUAAGUUGGACGUGAGUAGUUUUGAGAAUAUCAGUGACUUUGUGAGUAAUCUGAAGUGGACGAAAGUGAUAAAACCUGCCAAGAGGAUGAGCAAGGCGGAGAUCACCAGCUCGAUGAACCAAAUCUACCAGACGUUGUCUAGUUUGCAACCUUUAGAGAACGAGAACAAUUUGAGUUUGUUGUUUGCUAGGGUCAACAAAUCUCUGCAGGCUUUCGAAGCGGCUUUGUUGAACAACGUGAAGAACAGUAACAGUCAAAAAACGGUCACUUUCAAUAUGUAAGUUUUACGUAUGUUUUUCUUCAAAGUAUAAAAAAAAAAUUGUUUUGUAUUUUAAAUAUUUCAAACUGCUUUAACAGGGAAUAUUUUCAAAGCCAGUUUUCGUCUUGCCAAGCCAAUCGCACCAAAUUAUUCUUCCUAUUUUAUUUUCUAGAAGCUUUUUAUUGUAACAAUUUCGUUUCAACUUUUGGGCUUACUUUAUUGAAAAAAUGGUAAUGUUCUUAGUGAAAUAUGUAAAUUUAUGUAUAUUUUUUAACAUUC